UACUACUAGUAAUAGUGUUUUAUCAAGCAGUAGUGAUAAUAAUAAUGAAGAAACCUAUAGAGUUCCAACUUCAAAUACUAAAUCACCUCAAAUCAACAAUACAUUUGCCAAACAGUCAACAAUUCCUUUUAAUAGGAAAGAAACUAUUGUUUUUAGUCAUGUUACUCAAAUCAAAAUAUAUCCUAGGAUACGCGAAAUGGCAGAUAAAAAGAUUGUUAAUAGUAAUUACAACGAAGCCUUCAGAGCACCAUUAACAUUGUUAUCAAAUGAUGAAAACGUAAAUAUUAAUAACAAUCCUAUUAAUAAAGGAAAAAAAAUGAUUCACGAUGAAAUUCAAUCAGCAAGUGAAUCGUUACCUACGAUUAACAAUGACGAAGAUGAGGAUGAAACACACACAAUCAGCAUUAACAAAAAUUGUGAUAUUGGAAAAAGUCAAGUAUUCCCUAAAGAAAAUUAUUUCGUUCCAAACGAAGUACAACUAGCAAAAUUGAAAUGGUCUUUGGAUCAUCCAUUUUUCCGAGAGUUCGACGAGGUAUUCGGUAGAGACACUGAUACUGAACUCUCAGAUUAUGAGUCAUCUUCAAGUGAAUCCAAUGUAGAAAAUGUAUUACUCAAAAAGUAA